GCAGUGCCCGGAUGUGAAUGGAUUACAAUGUAUCUUUCAGGGAAACCUAUUAUUAUCAAUGUGACUCCACAGGGGAGUCAAUGGUGAUGAUGAUGAGGAGGAGGAGGAUGAUGAUGAUGAGACACCUCUAAACUUGGAGCAAGUUUAAGACUUUAUAAGAGGAGAAGAAAAAAAAGCACCACCAAGACUUGUUUGAGGAAAAAUCAUAACUAUCCUGUAUUGCUAUUUUUUAUAAACAAUAAGAAAAAGUUGUCGGAUUUUUUUUUUUUAAUGAUUUCUUUUUGGGGGGAGGGAAUUUUGUUGCAGUUUUAUGGUGGAAAAUGCAAAAACCAGAGCCAGGUGCAUAAUCUUGUAUUUUGUGGAUAUCCCUGGAGCAGAACUGAGUACCAGUUAAAAUACUUUUUUGGGGGAUACACAUGUGAGAUACUAAGUACUUGCAGAAGAUUUUUGUCUCUCUUUUUAAAGUCACUUUCCUUGGAAUAUUGUGAGAAUAUUUGUGGCCAUUUAAGGUUUGUGUGAUUUUGCUAAAAUGCAUCACCAACAGCGAAUGGCUGCCUUAGGGACGGACAAAGAGCUGAGUGAUUUACUGGAUUUCAGUGCGAUGUUUUCACCUCCUGUGAGCAGUGGGAAAAAUGGACCAACUUCUUUGGCGAGUGGACAUUUUACUGGCUCAAAUGUAGAAGACAGAAGUAACUCAGGGUCCUGGGGGAGUGGAGGACAUCCAAGCCCGUCCAGGAACUAUGGAGAUGGGACUCCCUAUGACCACAUGACCAGCAGGGACCUUGGGUCACAUGACAAUCUCUCUCCACCUUUUGUCAAUUCCAGAAUACAAAGUAAAACAGAAAGGGGCUCAUACUCAUCUUAUGGGAGAGAAUCAAAUUUACAGGGUUGCCACCAGCAGAGUCUCCUUGGAGGUGACAUGGAUAUGGGCAACCCAGGAACCCUUUCGCCCACCAAACCUGGUUCCCAGUAUUAUCAGUAUUCUAGCAAUAACCCCCGGAGGAGGCCUCUUCACAGUAGUGCCAUGGAGGUACAGACAAAGAAAGUUCGAAAAGUUCCUCCAGGUUUGCCAUCUUCCGUUUAUGCUCCAUCAGCAAGCACUGCCGACUACAAUAGGGACUCGCCCGGCUACCCUUCCUCAAAACCAGCAGCCAGCACUUUCCCUAGCUCCUUCUUCAUGCAAGAUGGCCAUCACAGCAGUGACCCUUGGAGCUCCUCCAGUGGGAUGAAUCAGCCUGGCUACGGAGGAAUGUUGGGCAAUUCUUCUCAUAUUCCACAGUCUAGCAGCUACUGCAGCCUGCAUCCCCACGAACGUUUGAGCUAUCCAUCACACUCCUCAGCAGACAUAAAUUCCAGUCUUCCUCCGAUGUCCACGUUCCACCGUAGUGGUACCAACCAUUACAGCACCUCUUCCUGUACACCUCCUGCCAACGGGACAGACAGCAUCAUGGCAAAUAGAGGAAGCGGGGCAGCAGGCAGCUCCCAGACUGGAGACGCUCUGGGGAAAGCACUUGCUUCGAUCUAUUCUCCAGAUCACACUAACAACAGCUUUUCAUCAAACCCUUCAACUCCUGUUGGCUCCCCUCCUUCUCUCUCAGCAGGCACAGCCGUUUGGUCUAGAAAUGGAGGACAGGCCUCAUCAUCUCCUAAUUAUGAAGGACCCUUACACUCUUUGCAAAGCCGAAUCGAAGAUCGUUUAGAAAGACUGGACGAUGCUAUUCACGUUCUCCGAAAUCAUGCAGUGGGCCCAUCUACCGCCAUGCCUGGUGGUCACGGGGACAUGCACGGGAUCAUUGGACCUUCUCAUAAUGGAGCAAUGGGUGGUCUGGCCUCAGGGUAUGGAACCGGUCUUCUUUCCGCCAACAGACAUUCACUCAUGGUUGGGGCCCAUCGUGAAGACGGCGUGGCCCUGAGGGGCAGCCAUUCUCUUGUCCCAAACCAGGUUCCAGUACCACAGCUUCCUGUCCAGUCUGCAACUUCCCCUGAUUUGAACCCACCCCAGGACCCUUACAGAGGAAGUACUGGCAGAAAACCAAGAAUCCAUUUUGAUCCAAAAAAUGGCAUGCCGCCAGGAUUGCAGGGCCAGAGUGUCUCCUCCGGCAGCUCUGAGAUCAAGUCCGACGACGAGGGCGACGAAAACCUGCAAGACACGAAAUCUUCCGAGGACAAGAAAUUAGAUGACGACAAGAAGGAUAUCAAAUCCAUUACUAGGUCAAGAUCUAGCAAUAAUGAUGAUGAGGACCUGACACCGGAGCAGAAGGCAGAGAGGGAGAAGGAGCGGAGGAUGGCCAACAACGCCCGAGAGCGCCUGCGUGUCCGAGACAUCAACGAGGCAUUCAAGGAGCUGGGCCGCAUGGUGCAGCUCCACCUCAAGAGUGAUAAGCCCCAGACCAAGCUCCUGAUCCUCCACCAGGCCGUGGCCGUCAUCCUCAGCCUGGAGCAGCAAGUCCGAGAAAGGAAUCUAAAUCCGAAAGCUGCGUGUCUGAAAAGAAGGGAAGAGGAAAAGGUGUCCUCGGAGCCGCCCCCACUCUCCCUGGCGGGCCCGCACCCUGGCAUGGGAGAUGCAUCCAAUCACAUGGGACAGAUGUAAAAGGGUCCAAGUUGCCACAUUGCUUCAUUAAUACAAGAGACCACUUCCUUAACAGCUGUAUUAUCUUAAACCCACAUAAACACUUCUCCUUAACCCCCUUUUUUGUAAUAUAAGACAAGUCUGAGUAGUUAUGAAUCACAGACGCAAGAGGUUUCAGCAUUCCCAAUUAUCAAAAAACCGAAAAACAAACAAAAAAAAAUGAAAGAAAGAAAAAAAGCGCAACUUGGGGGGGUGACUCUCUUUAACAUAUCAUUUAGAAUGUUUAAAGCAGUAUGUGCAGGCUGAGACGCAGCCCAGAGACUGAAUGGCAAUCUUUCCACACUGUGGAACAAUGCAUUUGUGCCUAAACUUCUUUUGGAGAAAAAAAAAAUAUAUAAUUAAUUUGUAAGUCUGAAAAAAAUAUUUAAUUUAAAAAAAUUGUAAACUUGCAAUAAUGAAAAAGUGUACUUCUGAAGAAAACUACAUGACCGUUUUUGUUGGUAUUCAAGUCAGCUAGUGUUUAUAAUUACCGGAUAUUGAAUAAGGAAGGGAAGCUCGGCUGCCCUCGUAACAAAACCAGCAAACGUCCUGAUGACAGCGAAGUGAUGACAUUAGCCAUUCCUUAGGGUAGGAGGGACAGAUGGAUCUUAUAGACCUAUGACAAAUAUAUAUAUAAAUAUAUAUAUAAAUAUAUAUUAAAAAUUUAGUGACUAUGGUAAGCUUUUGUUCAUUUGUUUCAGACUUUUUUCUCCUGUAAAAAAAUAGUACUGAUUAACUUUUUUAAAAGAAAGAUUUUACUGUAAAUACGGAUUUUUUUUUUUUUUUUGGUCUUAUUUCUGUCCCUUUCCCUGGUUUGUUCUUGUAACCUGUAGUGCCAACUCUGCUUCCGGAGGGGUAGUGCAGGAUGAAAUGCUGAUCCCGAUGUUGCUUUUCAUUCAUAAAUAAGUAGAAAGUUGUUUCUUCAGUCUUUUGGGAACACAGGACUUAAAGUCACAUCAUGUGUAGAUAUUAACAAGCAGCAUUACCAAGACAUGGCAAAAAGAGUUUGUCUGAAUUGUAAUGUUGCAUUUGUGACCCUCUUCUGGGAUUUUCAGAGGUACAAGGUUAGAAUGCUACAAUGUUACCACUGUGCCUUCCAAUGUUUAUAUCAUCGGAAACAUAACAUAAUCAAAGUGGCUGUGAUUUAACAAAAUGAUUAAAGUGUUAACCUACAUGUGUAGCCGAAGUAGUGUGCAGUGAGGUGUUUCUGAAUACAUGGUCAGAUUUUUGGAAAAAAACAAAAACAAAAACAAAAAAAAAACCAAGUAAAGUUCAACAACCAUCCAAUGAGAAAAUUGCAAGUAGUGUGACAGAGCUGAUUGAUUUUGUUGCUUUCUUGAUUUUUUUUUUCAAAAUGGGUUUACUAAGAUGUAGAUGACUUAACUGCCUCCUCCCUCGUCUGAAAAAAAAAAAAUGCCAAUAUUCAAUCAUCAUGCAGCAUUAUAACAAGCCUUAUAAGUCCUAAAGCAUUAAGUUGCACUUUCUUGAGGAGGGGUAGUGCAGUGUUUCUCUGGCCAGUAUGAAUGAAGUUUAUACUUAACAUAUUUGAUAGAAACAUAGAUCAAGCUAUGGCACAGCAACUCAUCAGAUAGCUAGCUUUGACGUCUGGGCACAAUUGAACCAACUUCCAUCGUGAAUCUUUAUAAUGACUGACUUUGGUGUAUAGUGCAGUAAAGAAAUAGUGCUCCUAGUUAAGUAUUUGUCAGCAUCCUUUUGUCUCUAACUCGUUUCUAUUUUUACAGCCACACAAUCUUGGCAUGUAUUAAGAAAAAAAAAAAUCCCUUGUUCAAGUAGUUUUUCCACCUAUCAGCACUGAGUAAAUGCCAUAAACCCAUCGAAAUGGUCUAAAUGUUCCAUCUGUUCUCCUGUUUUGCCAGUUUAUAUAGUAAUGAAAUACAUUUGUAAAUUUUAUGCAACAAAUGGCAAACGUAUCAUUAUUUUGAAAUCGUGUAUGUAAAAGUUAUAUUUUUACAUGUAGACUCUUGUUAUUAUGUGUUUUAAUACAUUGUAUUGGUUUUUGUUUCUUUUCUUUUUUUUGUUUUUUUUACCUGUGUGGUUGAAAAACCGUCUCAUUGAAAUGAAAUAGUGAGCUACAAGAAUCUGAAUUUUAUGUUCAUUUCUGAAAAUGUAAGAACAAAUAAGAUAGUUACCACGUGGUCAUCUUUUACAAACCCAUAAACAUUUUGAUUAGCUGUGUGUGUGUUGAAAACUGUAAAUAUGUUCAGUAGUGAUAAAACUAAAAUACUUUGAUUUGUUGAUAAGUUCUAAAAUGUGGAGGUGGAUUAAAACCUUAGAAUAGCAGCAAUCAGACUUCAUGAAAAAGUUAUGUUGAGGCUUUCCUGUGAAAAUGGACGAACAAAGGGGCUCCAAGAAGGGCAUGGAAGACAAUAUUGUAUCCUCUCCUCUCCUCCUGAGUAAUGGAAACCAUGUGUACUUGUACCCUCAGUAUGUUGACGAUUUCCUUUUAGUGGUACAUUCUGCACUCACUUUGUAUAGUCUACCAAGGCGGGUAUCCCUAGGAACAAUAUUAUAUAGGAAGCAGGUAUACUCUGAUCACAUUCAGGAUAAGUGUAUAGAAGAAAGUAUGGUGUUUACUCUUUAGGGAACUGGAAACACUCCCUGCGUUGAUGUACAUUUUAAGAUUGGCACUUUUGAUACAUGUUAUCAUCAAGGUGCUUUCAUAGAGCUGAUUUAAAGUUUUUCAAAUCUGUAAGCAAAGCAAAAAAAAAAAUUAAAUUGUAGUUCUUGGAUUAUUUUUUAAAUCGGUGCUUUCUAUUUUGUUCUCAAACAGAGUAAAAAAAGCUGCAAUUUAUUGCUCACCAGCUUUGAUGUAUUCAUUAAUCAGUAAUGUAAUACCUCUCUUGUGGAAUUCCCUUUGGAAAUAAGCGAAAAACUUUAUAACGGCCACCAAAAGCUGCUCACUACUUUUUUUUUGCUUGGUGGAGAAACAUCUGCACCUAUCUGUAUUCAUUGGGUUGCAUCCCCAUUAAAAAGGAAAAAAGAUGAAAGGGAAUGUGGCCUUUUUAGUGUGUUUUUUCUUGUUGUUGUUUUGUAAUUAUCAAACCCAGGUAAGAUAUUGGUAUCCUGUGCUGGAUUUUUGAGUGAAAUUUAGCAGAAGACAGUUAGGAUUAAAGUACUAUACAAAAAUGUCCUAAGGGUCCAUACUACACUAUAUAUAUGAUGAUACUGAGGCUGGGGAUCUGUUUAAGAGUCAUGGGCUUUAAUAAAAGCAACUUGGAACAGUUGAUCCACCUCCACAUUCAAGUAAUUUAUGAGUAUGCAGAAUAGGGAUCUGUUCAUCUAGGAAUUUCUACCAUUUGUCUUCUGUGUAGCUGCAAGGAACACUAAUGUUUAUACAACUGUCAGUCCAUCCAGUAACGCAACUGGUUCUGAUUCAGUCUUCCGAUUCCUUUUUGGUUUUCGCUUUUUCCUAUUUCUUGAUUUUUUUUUUUUUUUUGGUGAUCUUUAUUUUGAUGAGGGAUUGGGGGGUGGGGGUGGGGAGGGUGUUGAACCAAGACUUGGGGUUAAAGAGGAUUUUCGUCUUGGAUCCAACAGGCAGAAUAUGAUCUGUGUCCAAAAGUGAACUUGAGUCAGGAAUGAAACAAUUUCAGCAUAAACAAGCACAAAAAUUUAGUCUGCUGGCUGACUGGAAACAAAAAAAAAAAAAAAAGUCAAGAUGGAAUAUGAGGAAUUCCAACACAAUGGGGCACCAAGGCCUUUAGGCCUCUCUUUUUAUUUUGCUUUGGUUCUGUUUGUUUUUCUUUAGAGACACGCUCUCUCUCAUGGGACUUGAAGUGGACUCAUCUUUGUGCAGUGCUGGUUUUGCCAUACUCAUUUCAAGUAUUAUAGACAUAUGUAAUGGUGAAAAUAUAUGAACUGUGGCCUUUUUCAUUCUUGUUACUUGUGAUGCAAUUAAGUGAAGAUAAGAAAAAAAAAAAAAAAGCAGAGAUUUACCAUGUAUCAGUGCCUGGCUUUUUGUUAUAAAGCUUUGUUUGUCUAGUGCUCUUUUUGCUAUAAAAUAGACUGUAGUACACCCUAGUAGGAAAAAAAAACUAAAUUUAAAAAAUAAAAAAUAUAUUUGGCUUAUUUUUCGCAGGAGCAAUCCUUUUAUACCAUGAAUAUUACAAAAAAAUUGUCAGAUUCUGAAUAUUUCUUCUUUGUAGAUUUUUGGAAUCAUUAUGAGUAAAAGUUUGUUACUUUAUUUUACUAUUUAAAAGAUGUUAUUUUACCAUGUGUUACUGAGAUGAAACUGUAUGGUAGCUUUUUUGUUUGUUUUUUGUUUUUGUUUUGUUUUUGUUUUUUUAGUUGUAGGUCGCAGCGGGGAAAUUUUUUGCGACUGUACACAUAGCUGCAGCAUUAAAAACUAAAAAAAAAAUUGUUAAAAAAAAGAAAAAAAGGGAAAACAUUUUAAAAAAAAGAUAAACAGUUACACCUUGUUUUCAAUGUGUGGCUGAGUGCCUCGAUUUUUUCAUGUUUUUGGUGUAUUUCUGAUUUGUAGAAGUGUCCAAACAGGUUGUGUGCUGGAGUUCCUUCAAGACAAAAACAAACCCAGCUUGGUCUAGGCCAUUACCUGUUUCCCAUCUGUAGUUAUUCGAUGAAGUCAUGUACAUGACCGUUCUGUAGCAAUAAAUGUGCCAUUUUUAUAAA